GCAAUGCACGUUGCGCGUCACUCGCGAUUUGAGCGCGUCGACGUGCGCGCGGUCAUUGACGAUUAUCCGUGUCUUGUGUCAGUGAAUUUGAAUUUAGAAGUGUUUUUUUUCUUCCGGUGCGAUCUGCCUCCGAAUUUCCAUCUCAAGACAAUCAACUCCAGCGUGAACUGAAUCACACUUCCUUAGAAGCACUGCCAUAAAAGAGCUACCACCAUGAGCUGUUCCGGAUUGUUGGUCAAGCUGGUGCUCGUCAGCCUCAUUCUCCACACGCACAGUGCGCCAUCAAGAAGAUCACGGGAUGCCAAACUACCAGAAGAAUCUACCACGAGUCGGCAAAGCAAGUUACAAGAGAAAUUCAAGGAAACUACCACAACCACAGAAUCUUCACCCACAAACAGACGCAACAAAGCAUUAAACCUAUUUGGCUACUUCCCAUCUUACUUAUCAUCAGGUCUAGAUUACAGCGAAGAUGAUGAUGAUGACGUAACCUUCUCCGUCAAUGACGACAACUUCGAUGAUGACGACUUAUCCCGCACAAUUCCCUCAAGACGCCGGCAGCAGAAUAAGAAGAAGAACGGAAACGGAGAAACCUUCGCGAAUGAUAACAUAAACUCCCUGCAAUAUGAUAACUCUCCCAUUUUCUAUAUAAGACUUCCUCCUACCCCGUAUAUGUUCGUUCCAGGAUUAGGAUAUGUAUCCCAGCCACCCAGUAUUGGACCACCAAUGCCGCCAAUGAUGCCACAACCAAUGCAAAAUCCAGAUCCUUUCAUCAAUCUGCCUUUAGAUUUUGUUUCUAACGGAAAACCAACCGGCGUUUAUCAAUGGGGUGGCGCACCUCAAUUUCCUCAAAUGCCACAGAUGCCAAUGGAUCCUUAUGGUUUCGGACAGCCAAUGAUGCCUCAACCCUCACGUCCGAACUAUAAUCCCUCUUAUUCCAAGCCUAAACCAACUAACUCUAAGAUCACGAAAAUGAAGGGGUCGUAUGUAUUCAAUGGAAAACCUAGUGAUAAUGUCUACGUGCUACGAGACACAUAUAACUCUAUUUAUUCAGAUGCUCUGCAGAAUUUCUAUCCUUAGAUUUAGUGUUUGUUACGUGAAGCUUAAUGGCUCGUAUCGAGCCCAUGUCCGUUUCAAUUUUAUGUGCACUAAUGAUGUAUACCUAAUUGGAAGAUGUUAUUUAUGGCAAGGUUAAAGCAUAAUUCAUGAAUUGUCUAUGACUUUACUGUCAAAUUGCGUGUAUGAAAUGGGAACGUUCUGGUGUGGUGACCGUCGAAGUUUAAUGCAAAUAUAAUUUAAGUAGCCGUGCAAAAUACUCUUUAAAGUAAAUCUACAAAGGCGCCAUUACUAUUCACAACAAUUCCAAGUAAAAUUCAAUCAAUGAAGUGUUAAUGUCCCUAAUUUGUAUUUGGAAAAGUUGUUUAAUAUAAACGUGUAUGAUUUCAUUAUUUAAAAUCCUCUGAAGUAAAAUUUUGUCACAAAUAACGCAUAGUUUGUUCUCGUAGAUUAGUAUUGAUAAAUAAGUAGUACAAUAAAUUAUCUAUAGAAACAUAAUAAAAUAUUCUUCGCAUAUAAACAGUUUUGACGACAAACAUUUUAUUUGCGAUUUUAUCCACGAGUAGAACCUAAAUCUAAUCUAAACUUUGACACUUAACAUUUUAUACAAAAAUGUACCGAUUAUUAUGAUGUUUGACCUUUGCAGUUUCUGUUUGUGAUAAUUGAGAUUGUAUAGAUGUAAUUAAUAUUUUUUACCCUCACAUAUAUUUUUACUUUUUAGACUUAUUAGUAAAAGUUAAAGUCUCUUCAAAAUUACAAGUAACGAACGAUGUUAAUUCAUUUAGGUACUUUAAGUGGAGUCAUAAAAUUUUAUAUAAGUUCUUUUAAUUAUUAAUUUAGAUUAUAGGUAGUAUUGUUAUGAUUUUAAUAACGUACUUUAUUUAUUUUAUCAUUAUAAGUUAGGUACAAAUAAAUGCUCAAAUAAAAAAAAUAUCCGUCCACAGAUGCUUAAAUAGAUUAAUUGUAUUGUAUCUUUAGGUAUGUAUAUCUAUGGUCUAUUUUUAUACGUAGCAACGAGAGUAAAAUCUUUUGGUGUUUAAGAAUUUUGUUAAAUAAAUACAUACAUACAAUGUAACAAAUGGAUAGUCGAGAAUAAAAAUGAAUUAGUGAUUUAGUUUUAAUUAUUAAUAAUUAAGGAUAUUAUUUUAAGGAAAAAUUAUUU